AGCAGCCUAGAGAAGAGACUGAACAUUCCUUUGGUUGGAACAUAUAAGGAUUGCGGCAUGUCACGUUUUACUGGUCAGUUUUUCAUGUAAAAAUUGGAUCACUUUAUAAACAUACAGUUGUACACAAUGCUUGAAAAUAAACAGCAAAAAAGGAUGAUAAAACUUGAUAAACUGUUGGAUGGAAUCGAAAGAGCAAAUAAACAUGAUACUGAAGCUUACACUUCUGGUCACUUAAACCAUAACCAUCUAUUCAAGCCACAGGUCCUGGAAAAAAAAGUGUUCUGGAAAAAUACAAAGAAAUCAGAUCAUCUCCAUCUCAGUGAACUACAAUGUGGCCACAAUAACAAGUUCAUGAAGAUGAGAGUUGCUCCAACAAAUUUUACAUUAAAGACAAAAGUGGUACAAGAUCAGAAUGUUGAAUCAAAAUCCCUGUUUUCACCUCGUAUACAACUGUCUGGUUCUGUUACGUUAACAAAGACUCCAAUUGCUAGUGGUUUCACUAGCAACCAAGAAUAUAAUGUACCAUUGCAGAGUGAAGGAAUAGACCUCCCUGAUUUAAAACAGUUGAAGUCUGAAAACUGUAUUAACAGAACAUCAUUCCAAGACUUUAACCAUGAAUAUAAUUUUGUGCCUGCUUUCUUUGCUGGUGUGACCAAAGCAGAUCAAUUUAGCAUAUUUCAAACGCUUGAAAAAGAUAUCCUUGAAAAAGAAGAUCUAACUAAGGAUUUCUUCAAGCAUGCUUCAGCUGAAAAGUACAAGACAGAAUUAGAAAAGGAUCUCAUGAAAGUUGCUCAUAUUAAGCCUCCACAUUUUGCUCGAUUACAGAUCUUCAGUGAAACAUUUGGAAAUUUAUGCAGAGACUCUUCCAUAUUUGGAAAUAUAUUAAGUGAAAUUAAGAAUGCAUAUGAUCUGUACAUUGAACAUCUUUUGGAUACUCAGUCUUCAACACAAUUUGAGGUGUUGAUGUCUGAUAUAAAUGGCUUGAGAAAAAGAGCUGUUAAGACUGAAGAUGUGCAAGAAACUUUCCUCUCGGUGCAGAAGCUUGAAUAUAAAGCUCAGACUGUUUUAGAAUGUAAUGAGCAGCUUAGACAUUUUUUGAAGAAAACACUUCAAACCUCAUCAACCAAGGAAACAGAAAAAUGUGAAGAGCCACCGAUAGAUAUCACAUCAAAAAUGUCAAGAAAUGAGUAUUAUUUUACAAAAGAUAUGCAACUUCUUCCCUCAAAACGAAGAGAAGUACUAGCACUAUGCAAGGAAGUUCAAUAUUUGGAAGAAAAAAUCUACAAAAACAUGAGUCAUGCAGUAAAUUCUGAGACAACAGCACAAUAUAUCAAAGAUAUACAGGCAGAAACUGUGAAACUUCAAUCAUCAAAUGAUUUUCUCCAUCGGGCAAAUAAGGACCUUCAUAAUGAAAUAAAAAAGAUUGUAUUGAAACAGAAGUUGGCACUAGAAGCACAAACGGAAAUUAAAGAAUUGAUGGAAUGCUUCAUAUCAAGUGACAAAUAAUCCACAGUUUUUAGAAAAUCUGAAAAAAAUAAAAACUGAUCUUAAUCUUUACUUGUGUAUCUUAAUGUUUGUGAAUAAAAAAUAUUCUUAUAUGUGUCUGA